UUUUUUUUCUAAUUUUCUCUUUAAUAAAAUGAAUCUUGGAGAUAAAAGUAAUAAUGAAAUUUUAUUUUUAAAUUUCAAUCAAGACUUUAGCUGUAUAUCUGUUGGCACUGAAAGAGGAUAUCGAAUCUACAAUUGUGAUCCAUUUGGAAAAUGUUAUUCUAAACAGACGGGCGGAACAGGCAUUGUAGAAAUGUUAUUUUGCACAUCUCUUGUUGCACUUGUAGGAGCUGGUGAACAUCCAGCUUUUUCGCCAAGGCAAUUGCAAAUUAUUAAUACAAAGAGACAAACAACGAUUUGCGAAUUAUCAUUCCCCACUGCUAUUCUUGCAGUAAAAAUGAAUAGAAGAAGAUUGAUUGUUGUUUUGGAAGAACAAAUUUUUUUAUAUGAUAUCAGUAACAUGAAACUACUCCAUACGAUUGAUACAAAUCCAAACCCUAAUGCCAUUUGUGCUUUGUCUCCUUCGAGUGAAAACUGCUUUAUAGCUUAUCCUGCAAGGUCUUCAACUAGUUCACCUUUUUCACCCAAUAGUGGCUCAUCUAAUUCAUUUUAUAUAUCAGGUGACGUGGAGAUUUUUGAUGCAUUAGGUCCACAAACCACCAAUAUAAUUCAAGCACACAAGUCACCUGUCAGCUGCCUUUCUAUGAAUUCUGAAGGAACAUUAUUAGCCACAGCCAGUGAAAAGGGGACUGUAAUUCGUAUUUUUUCUACUCUGGAUGCUACAAAAAUUUAUCAAUUUAGACGAGGCUCUUACCCAGCAAAGAUAUAUUCUAUGUCAUUUAAUCUAGUAAGCUCACUAUUAUGUGUUUCAAGUGAUACGGAAACAGUUCACAUCUUUAAAUUGGGAUCAAAUAAUGGAAGCCCUGGCUUGAAUGAGGAUAGAGAUAAAAGAGGUAGAAGUUCCAGUGUAGGACAAAUGCUUCGCAGAUCUUCAAUGCAUUUGGGUAGAAACUUAGCAGGUAGUGUUGGAUCUUAUUUACCUGACGUUUUGACUGAAAUGUGGGAACCCACACGAGAUUUUGCUUCAUUAAAAUUACCGAGUGCAGGUGUUCGAAGCUUAGUUGCACUAAGCAGCACAACACCACAAGUAAUGGUGAUUACCUCCGAAGGUUUCUUUUAUCAGUAUAAUAUUGACUUGGAAAGUGGUGGCGAAUGUGUGCUUCUUAAGCAAUACAGUUUGCUAGACCCUUCAGAUGAUAAUAUGGGUUUAGAUCAAUAAUUUAGUCUAUACUUUUUCUUUUCUUUCCUUGUUUUUUUUCUUUUUUUUUAAAAAAAAAAUACUUCAUACUAUAUUAUUUUUAUACCUUUAUUUAAAUAAACAUUACCCCUUUUUAAAUGAGCG